GCAAUCUGUCACCUGGUCCACGCCGCCAUCAGCAGCUGCUUAUUAUCAGACUGUUCGGUUCCGGCUGAUUUUAGAGGAGUUGCGCCUGCCAUACCUAAGAGUAAGAACCCCUACAGCUGCCUUACAACGCUCAUUAUUUCGUCAUUUAUUCGACAAUUCGACAUGAAUUUUUUUUAAUGCACUUUGACCGUUAUGUUGUCUGAGUUGGAUAAAAAAUUUAUGGGAAAGGUAGACCAUUUUUUUUUUUGGUCAAUAGGUAUUCAAAGGUGUGAUAGCGCAUUUAGGCGCUAUUCGUUACGGCAACACUGCCGUACCUCGUUAUCGUCAGUUUAGAUGAUAUUUCAUCAGAUUAUGUUUACGUUCGAAUAGUUUAAAAUGUACGAAUGCGUUCGCGUGUUAUUUUAUUAUUUUUUAAUGAAUAAAUAUGAAUAAUCGACGAUCUUUUAUUGAGUUAUAAUAUUGGCGCAGUCGGUAGUGUAGUUCGCGACGUAAUUAUGGAUGCCCAGACGGCUGCAGCGAUUCUACAAUCGCUCACCGAACAGAGCAAAGCUCUAACAAAUGCUGUGGCAAGAUUAGCCGAAUCUUCCGUUACCACCAGCGAUGUUUUGAACACCACUACGUCCGGUGGCAGCAAUUCUUCAGCUCCGAUCGUCCGACUAGACAAGUAUGAUGAACAAAACGAAAGCUUCGAGAAUUUUAUCUCUAGACUAGAAGUGUAUUUCAACGCUUAUCAUACGGCAACCGACAAGAAAGCUUCAACCUUGUUGAACUCACUGUCACCGAAGAUGUUCGCUUUGGUAAAGAAUCUAGUCUAUCCAGAGGACAUUAAAACGGCAUCAUACGCUACCUUGAAAAAACUCAUCGAAGAUAAGGUCUGCCCUAAACGACUGAAAAUUCUAGCUCGACACGCGUUCUUAAACCGCAAGCAACGUGAAGGUGAAUCUGUAUCCGACUACAUCACCGAGCUGAGAAAAUUAGCUGUUGACUGUAAGUACGCCAACGAAUUUUUAAACGAAAUGCUACGCGAUGUAUUCGUCAGUGGACUACGUUCAAAACCUAUCCUUGAUCGUCUUUUCGAAGAAGAUGAUAUUCCGCUUGACAAAACCUUGAGUAUCGCUCAAGCGAUUGAACGUGCGUUAGCUAGUACCAACGAAAUUCUCUCACCGGCAGUAUCCGAUGCUCCAGUUCACAAGUUACAAAAUCAAAACCAGAACCGCAGUCGUUUCAAGAAGAAAACGUAUUCGUGUGACAACGGUGGUCAAUUUCAAAGUGCGACAACUACUCAGUGUAUUCGUUGUGGUUUGAAUAAUCAUACUGCGGCUAAUUGUAUGAAGAAGAAUUUACGUUGUAAUUUCUGCAAAGCUCAAGGUCACGUCGCCGAAGUUUGUUUUAAAAAGAAACGCGCCGCUGAAACGAAACCAGCCAACGAGUCUACGUCUACGAAAACAAACUCCAACGCCAAACCGAAAGGUGUGAAAUCUGUUUCGAAGUACAACGACGUUAGCGACGACGACGAUUACAACGUUUUGACCUUACCUGUUCGAACUGUUCAUUCGUGCUCCGUGCAAGAUGACGAGUCUCCAGUUAUGAUCAACGUUAAAAUCAACGAUAAUCCAACCGAAAUGGAAGUAGAUUGCGGUAGUCUUCGUUCGAUUAUGAGUAAAUCGAUUUUCUGCAGUCUUGGUGGCAAUUUAUCUACGUUACAGCCGACCAACGACGUUUUCAAAGACUAUACCGGGCACGUCUUUCAUCCAAUCGGUGUCGCUCGUGUUCCAGUUAAAUACAACGACAAAUCUACGAAGCUGACUCUCCACAUUAUCAACGAAAACUUACCUGCUCUUCUUGGUCGAGAUGGUAUGCGAGAGUUGGAAAUUUAUCUCAGCAAUAUUCAUUCCGUUCAGCGCUCCGAUCUACCUACACCAGUGGCCCAACGAUUAGAAGCCCUGUUAGAGAAGUAUUCGUGCGUUUUUGAGCCCACCAUCGGUGAAAUUAAAGACCACGUCGAAUCGUUACACUUCAAACCAGACGCUGAACCGAAAUUCCUGAAAGCUCGACCCGUACCGAUCGCUCUACGGUCCAAAAUUGAGGACGAGUUAGAUCGUUUAGUCGCCAACGGAGUUCUCAAAAAAGUUGAAACCAGCGAAUGGGCUUCGCCGAUCGUACCAGUCGUUAAAAAGAACGCUGUUCGCAUUACAGGCGAUUAUAGUGGAACCGUUAAUCCACAAAUAUUCAUCAACCAAUACCCGUUUCCUGGCUACGACGAAAUUACAACGCAAAUGUCCAACGAAGAAGGCUCCGAAGUCCACUCGUCAGUACUCGAUGUUUAUUCGGCAUUUCUGCACAUGCCAACUGACGAAAAGACAAGCGACGCUCUCGUUAUCAACACGCACCGCGGACUGUAUCGCCCGAAACGCAUUUUCUUCAGCGUGGGCUCAGCUCCGGCAAAGUUCCAAAAAUGGAUGGAUGGAAAAUUCCGCCGUAAAGGUCGCGUAGUUGUGCACGACGAUAUUCAUCUCUCAGCAGCCAGCAUCGAAGAACAUUUUCGUCUGUUGGAAGACACUCUUCGAAUCUGCAAAGAAGCUAAUUUACGCUUGAACCGUUCGAAAUGCCGUUUCUUUGAACGCAAAGUAAAGUUUGUUGGAUACACGAUCGACGCGAAUGGAGUUCACGAGACCGACGAUAAAGUUUUAGCAGUUCUCAACGUUCCUGCACCCACCAACCCAACAGAGGUGAAAUCGUUUCUUGGUCUCGUCGGUUUUUACUCGAAGUUUGUCCCUCAUCUGGCGACAAUAGCAGCUCCGUUACAUCGUUUAACUCGUCAAAGCGAAGAUUUCAUCUGGACAGAUGAAUGCGAACAAAGUUUCCAGCACGUCAAACAAGAAAUCGCAUCAGAACGUGUACUCACUCGCUACGAUCCGAAAAAACCAAUCGUUGCGAUUAAAUGGGCCGUCACGAAGUUUUUCAACUAUCUGUACGGACAACGGUUCGUUUUAUACACAGAUUCAGAGCCCUUGACUCAUAUUUUUGGGCCUCACCGAAAGAAGUUGCCAGCGCUUAGCGCUACUCGUAUGAUGCAUUACGCAUUAUACCUUCAACAGUUCGUUUUCGAUAUCAAGUACAGACGCUCAGAGAAGAACGGUAACGCCGAUGCCCUCUCCAGAUUACCUCUUCCUACUUCAUCCGACGAUCUGUUCGCGAGCAAAGACGACAUCGCAGUUUUCCAUGUCUCACAGAUGGACAAAUUACCUGUUACGAAACGCGAACUUGCGAAAGCUACGGUUAAAGAUCCGGAAACACGUUCCAUUCUCGAUGGUCUACGCGCAGGAAAAAUCUACAAUUCGCCUUACACCUGUGAAGGUGACGUUUUAUUCAUGGGUAUGCGCGUCUACGUUCCGUCUGCUCUGCGCUCAUCGGUUCUUCAAGAACUUCAUAAAGGCCACAUCGGCGCAUCGAAAAUGAAAUCGCUCGCUCGAUCUCACUUAUAUUGGCCUAAAAUCGACAAAGACAUCGAAAACAUCACGAAGAAAUGCCAAUCUUGCGUCGAAAACGCAAGUGACCCGAAGAAGACUUCUCAUUAUUCGUGGGAACCAGCGUCCGCGCCUAUGGAGCGCGUUCAUAUUGAUUUUGCAACCAUCAACGGUAAAAUUCUAUUUUUGAUCGUUGAUGCAUUCUCGAAGUGGGUCGAAGUCGAUAUCGUCCCCUCUACGUCAUCGAAGUCUGCGAUAUCAAGCUUGGAAUCGUUUUUCACCACGUUUGGUAUUGCUCAAACAGUAGUCUCCGAUAACGGAACAGCGUUUACAAGUUCCGAGUUCAAGGAAUUCGCAGAGAAUGUCGGUUUCUGCCAUAAAACGAGUGCUCCGUUUCACCCAGCAACCAAUGGCCAAGUCGAACGUUUUGUGGCCACUGUAAAAAAUUCGUUGAAAAGGUUGCCUGGCACCGACUUGCAGCAGAAGCUGAACGAAGCGUUAUUUGCGAUCCGCCGAGCUCCGCAUACAACAACGGGAAUUUCUCCAGCCAAACGUUUCUUGGGCCGUGAGCUAAAUUCUCCGUUAAAUUUAUCCGCCGUUGCCAAGGCAAAGUCGAAGCCAACGCCGAUCUCUCGACCUCCAGUCUCGUUUUCCGAGGGGGAAAGAGUAGCGGCUCGUAAUUAUUCUCGUCACCAAGGGAAAAAGUGGCUGAUUGGAAAAAUCGUCAGUAAAGACGGCGAAGUUAAUUACACGGUAUCUGUUAACGAUUCGCUUCAUCGAUUUCAUGUCGACCAACUGAGAAAGAUCGAUCAAAACAUAUCGCCGACAGGAAUCGUUCCUAUAUUUUUCCCAGCCGAACAAAGCGAGUCGCCGGAACCUCCACAAGAUCCAGGAGAAUCGCCGGUACCUCAGUGA